GAGAGGGGGGCAGUGGGUUUCUCUCCCUCAUACAGCUCCCUGCCAGGUUUCCUGCCCCGCUCUCAGGGCUCCUUCGCUGUGCCCCGACGGGGACAUAGCCCUUCAUCCAGGCACAGGCGGUAAGUGCCAUUUCCUUGCUCUCUGCCUCCCUGCUGCCCUGUCAGCUUGCUGCUUCCACCCAGGGAGGUGGCAGCAGACGUGUUUUCAAGCGCCAGGCCAAGCAAUGGCCGUCCUGGGUGAGCACGGCUGCCUCCCAGCAAAGGGCUACAAGGACAAAAUCCUGAGAGUUAAGGCUGGCCGAAACCAUGGCUUUGGCUUGGAACUGGAGGAGCAUUUCAUGCUGGGGAGGUGAGGUCUCAUGUUUCUUUCUCUGACGCUCUCCUGUCCCAGCCUGGCAGCAUACAGCUCCGUCCAGAGACCAUGCACAGGGGGGAGAUAGAGUUUCUGCCACGCCAGCCUUCCUCCUAGCCUCCUGCAUGCUUACUCACGGGCAAAGAAGGCCCUGGUGCCUGCUGGGCACCAGCCAGCGAGCGGCACGAGGACACAGGAUCGGCAGGUGCCCUGGCAGAGAAGCCGACACGGCUCCUCGCACCACCGCCUUGCUUGGGAAGAUAUGCGAACCCUUCUGCCCACCCUGUGGCAGGGUUCACCACCAGCCUGGUGCUGCCUGUAACGGUGCUGUGUUGCGGGUUCCUCCCUUCCAGUGAAGCCUCCCUCAGCUGCCAUGGCCAGCGGCGGGGAUUCAGACAGCGAGCAAGUGGUGCCUGAUGAAGAGAAGGAUGGCCCAGACGUGAAAGCAGUGCAGGCCCGCUACCUGCGCAGCCCUUCGCCCAGUCGGUACUCGAUGAUAUCGGACACUGAUACAGAGAGCAUAUUCAUGGAGCCUAUCCAUCUGUCAUCUGCUGUGGCUGCCAAACAAAUAAUCAAUGAAGAACUGAAGACGAAGCACAUCAAGGUAGAUAUAGUGUGUCCCAAGAUGUUAGAGUCUGCACAGCAGUUGAUGGUGGAAGACCUGUACAACCGAGUUAAGGAAAAGAUUGAUGACACCAGCUUGUUUAACACUCCAUGUGUCAUGGACUUGCAGAGGGCACUUGUAAAGGACAGGCUGGAGACUCCCAGGGAUGCUGUGGAUGAAGUCUGGCCUAAUGUCUUCAUAGCAGAAAAGAGUGUUGCAGUGAACAAAAGUCGUUUGAAGAGGCUGGGCAUUACACACGUCUUGAACGCAGCCCAUGGUACAGGCGUAUACACAGGACCAGAUUUCUACAACGGUCUAAAUAUCCAAUACAUGGGCAUCGAAGUGGAUGAUUUUCCAGAUAUGGAUAUCUCCAAACACUUCCAUCCAGCUGCAGAGUUCCUGGAUGAAGCACUGCUGACUUACAAGGGAAAAAUCCUUGUCAGCAGUGAAAUGGGAAUCAGUCGCUCAGCUGUGCUGGUGGCUGCUUACCUGAUGAUCUAUCACCAUAUGACCAUUCUGGAGGCUCUGAUGACUCUGAGAAAGAAGCGUGCCAUUUACCCCAAUGAUGGCUUCCUCAAGCAGCUAAGGGAGCUUAAUGAGCAAUUAUUGGAAGAACGAGAGCUGGAGCAUACUGGAGAUGAAGAUGUCACUCCUAGUCAAAGUCCUGUCACCCACCCUGGGACAUCUUCUCGGCUGUCUGGAGCUGAGGACUCCGAAAGUGUCGUAGGACCCAAAGCACACUCCAUCACAGUAGAAGAAGAAGACAACAUCAGCAUGCUAAGUAGUUUUAUGAGCUCUUCAUCAGUGGGAAAAACUAGCUGGGUUUCCAAACGCUCCACCCUCAUCAGUGAGGAGGAAGAGGAACAGUUAUAUGAGGAAUGGAGGAAGAAACAAGGCCUACCUGCAAAGGAAUCAGCAAAUGAGCAUGGAAAAAGAGUGUCGCCAAGGCUUCUGGCUCAGGAAGGGGAGCAAUAUGAGGAGGAUGUGGAUCGAAGGAUCCAUGACUGGCAGCGCAGAAAUGAGAAAUACCAAAUGGAGGGUCCACCCAGAGAGGAGGAUGGAAAUUCUAACAUGGGAGGAAGACCUUGCCAAUCAGGUGAAUUUAGUGAUGAUGAGAGUGUGAGCAGUUUUGAGAUCCGAACCCUAAAGCGACAGUUGGAAGCCAGCAGCUCUAGCAGGAUGAGGAGGAGCCGGUCAGAUUCCAUGUCUUCAGAGAGCACUUGGGACAUGUGGAACCAGAGGCUGAUGGAGAUUGAGAAGGAAGCUGUUCAGAGGUAUCGUUCUAAGAAUAAGAAUGGUGGGGAGAGACAAUCUCCAGAAACAGGAAGAAAGGAAAGGGAUGUGGAUGAGGAAAGCGUGUUGUCAGACUGUAGCUCCUUCUAUAAUUUCUGCCGAAAGAACAAAGACAAGUUGACUCCUCUAGAAAGGUGGAAGAUCAAGAGGAUCCAGUUUGGCUUUCACAAGAAGGAUUUAGAAUCAUCAUCGUCUUCUGCACCAUCUCCAGCAGAAGAUGGCAGCCAGACUGGUGAGGAGGGGACUGAAGGGAAGAAUUUGUCAGAUGUUAACCUGAGUGCUUACCAGGCUUGGAAAAUGAAGCGGCAGAAGAAGGUGGGUUCUGAAAGCAAGGAGGAAUUUGUAGAGUUUGCCAAAAGUGAAGAUUCUGCUUCAGCUAAAAAGAGGCAGAGACGUGUAGAGCUCCUUGAACGUUCAAAGAAAAUUUUAGAAGAAAGCCAGUCCAUGUGCAGCUGGGAGACAGACAGUACAAUGAGUGGGAGCAUCCCGUUGUCUGCUUUCUGGGCCUCAGCGCCUUCUGCGAAUGGUGCUGAGGAUGCAGCUUCCAUGCUGAGCAUGAAGACAAAUCAUUCAUCUUUAUCACAGGCCAGGAGCAGCAAUGGGGCAACACAGCCAAAUAUUCCCCUUCCCAAUCUCCCAGUUGGCCCAGGUGACACAAUAUCUAUGGCAAGCAUUCAGAACUGGAUUGCUAACGUGGUCAGUGAAACCAUUGCUCAGAAGCAAAAUGAGAUCAUGAUGCUGUCCCGUCCAUCAUCUGCAAUGGCCUCCAGUGUAAUGUCAGGAGACCUUGGCAGACGUGUAGAUGAUGAUAAGAUUUCCCUUCUCAGUUCUCAGUGUGGCUCAUCUUUUUCUGCUUCUCAUCUCGGUCAGCAGGACGUGCACAGGGCUGAGUCUCAGUCUGUCCUGUCUUGCAAUACCUCUGUAAGUGGGAGGGCAGAAGGGACUAGUUUGAACACGAAGACUAUGCAAACAAGCAAACCACUCUAUAGCCUCUUUGCCGAUGAUGUUGACCUAAAAAAACUCAGCAGGAAGGAGAAGGAGCUACAAAUGGAAAUGAGAGAGAAAAUGUCAGAUUAUCAAAUUGAAAAGGUGAUAAGUGACAAUAAACGCAGCACUCUAUUUAAAAAAAAGGUGACCAAAGGAGAGCAAAGUGAAAUAGAAGGUGAUGUGGAGAGUAUAACAAACAAUUACAGGCACCCAUUGCAAGCAGAUCUAGACAGAAACGAUACAAUCUUUACUCUAUCCAGUCUAUCUGCAAACACAGGUGCACUGAAGUCAGAAGUAGAGACUGAUGUUACCAAGUGGCUCAGUAGCCUGAAAGCAGAAAAACAGUCAUCAUAUCAUGAUCAAAGUGAGAAUUUCAGAGAGAAAUACAGCAGGUCAUCGAAAGUAAGAGAGAUGGAUUCUGAAACAUCCAGUUACAGAUUCUCCAGAUCCCAGAGAGAAGAGCUUGACAGCUCUUCCUAUGAGUCAAAAGGAGAUUCACUGAGAACCAUGUCAAGAUUUUCCUCUGCUUCGGCAAAGGAGGACAAAAAGAUGUAUAAGUUCACAAGGUCGAGAGUCAGCGAGACAGCAAGUUCUGGUGAGAAAAGCCCAGAACUGCAUGUUUUCAGUCAAACACCGGAACCAUCCUUUGACUCCGAAUCCCCUGAAUCAUCUGCACAGAGUCGAGUCAGAUCUCAUCACGUGGAGGCAUGUGAAGAGGAGGCCAUGUCAGACACGUCAGAAUUUGGAGCUAAGAGAAAAUUCACCCAGAGCUUUUCAAAGUCUGAAGAGAAUGGAAAGAAAGAGGCAAAAGUGGAACAAAGUGAAGAGAGAUUUGCAUCUAGACAGUUCUCUCAGUACAAGCGAAGCGUGCGUAAAGAGGAGGAAGAAGAAUUGGAUGAUGAUGCUAUUAUUGCUGCAUGGAGAAGCCGACUAGAAGAAACUACAGCAAAGCUCCGUCGGAGAAAGGAAGAGUGACCAAGGAUCAGAUUAGAGGAACAGAAGCAGAGUGUAAGAGUCCCAGAAUCACUCAUCAUUAUAUUUCUGAUAAUCCUUUGUGGUUUGCAGGGCAUUUCCUGCAGAUAGUUCUUUUCUUAAUCAAAAGCGAUAAAGGGAAGAGGUCAAGUUUUGGAAGUGUUUGUGGUUUUUCAGAAAGAAGAUGCUAGCAUUAAAUGAUCAAUGUAGGUAGGAACACAGUGUUAGAAGCCAGGUGAUGUUUCAGCAGCAAAGUAAUGGUAGCACCUCCAUUCGAAAGACCAAUCACAUCACAUUUUGAUUAUUUCAAUUUCCUAGUUUUGUUGACCGAACAUACAUUUUUCUAGGAUUUUUUUGAUCAUAAAAGGCAGAAGCCAAUAGCUUGAAGAGUUCCUGCCUUAAUCAAUUUUACUUGAGAAGACAUUGCUAGAAAGGCUCCAUUUUCUUUUCCAGUCUUAUGAAUGUCUACAGAAAUAAGACUGUUCAGGAGAAUACAGGCACUGUUUUCUUUCACUGAGUAGAUGAAGUAAAGUCAAAUGCUAGAAAAAAGAAAAUGCCUCCUUCUUUUUAGAAGUAUAAGGCAAUAAUGAAUGUAUUCACGUGGUACAAUAUUUGUCUUUUAGAUGGAAUUACCUUUGCUUCAUGGUUGGUUCCUGCAAAUAACUUCAGGCCAAUGUAGGAAAAUGCAGUAAUACUGCCAUCAAUCUAAGAUCUACUUCAAGAUUUAGAGUUAGGGUGAAGAUUAGUGUUAGUUUAGGCUGGGUUUCUGGAGCACUGGCUUCAAUUUGUUGUUUGUAUGCAGCUCAGCUGAGUCUGUGCUCUCAUGUCUAUAGUCAGAUGGUCAUGUCUUGAUUUUCAAGACGAAUACCUUAUUGGAAAAGAGUGAUACACAAACUGACCUCAUAUUAAAACAACAUAUAACUAAAGUGUUGGUAGAAGACACUGUGCAGAGACUUCUCUAAGGACAAAAUGUAUGUCUGUUGAGUGUGGUGCUUUGAAGUCUGAUUUAGGAGGUGGUGAGUUUAAUUGGCAUGUUGCAACUUUUUGUUACCAAGUGACAUCCUCCACCCCUCUCUUAUAAACACCUUGGCCAGUUGUUCUGGAUUGCUUUUCUGGAGUUAUUUGUUCCCUCUCCGGGCCCUCUGGCAGAGCUGAAUGUAAAACAUCAAUGAAGGGAUGAUGCAACAGCACAGCAUCACUCUCUCACAGAAAGUUGUCUUUCCUGUCUUCUCUUUCUCUCACUGUGAUGCUUAGGGCUCACUAUACUGUUAUGCUAGCACCUCUCACUGUUUUAAUUGUGUAAUAUAGGCAGUAAACUCCAUAGAGUCUAGUUUUUGUCCUUCUCUGUAUGAGACUAUGCACAUCAGCAAUGCUAUCUAAAUAAUGGUUACUAAUAACAAAAUGCAGGUGCCAAUUUUCCUAAACUUAGCAUCAUUUACC